AUGCUCAAUAAAGUGCUUCCAUAUGGAAAUCUUCUUAACUGCGUACUUGCGAGGAUGUGGAAUUUCGGCGAGGAUGGUGAAUCGACAUCGCUUAGAAUAGAUAAUAGGCCACAAAUUGUUCGGCAGAUUUUGACCGAAAAUUGGUCCUCAAACCUGCCAUGGCUAUCGAUUUCAUUUAACAAGAUUUACCCUGACAAAGUGAUAGAUUUUUUAUUUAUCGGUUCGCUACGCACGGCUCAAACGGCUUCGGUUUACCACGAUUGUGGCAUUAGAUAUGUGUUGACUAUCGGACGGGAUAUGGAUGUGAAAAUUGAGCCCGGGAUGUUCCACCGAGUCAUUCUGUUUGACGACUUUCCCGGGGAGAAUAUUUCCUUUAUUUUUAAGGAGGCCUUCGGGUUUAUUGACCAGGCUCGGAAAGCAAAAAAGGGUGUUCUGGUACAUUGCUUUGCGGGUUUGUCCCGUUCUGUCGCCAUCGCGGCGGCCUACCUCAUGCGGGAGAGGCGGAUUUCAUACGAACAGGCCAUGUCGAUUAUCCGACAGGCACGACCCGCGGCACAUCCGAAUGAGGGCUUCGUUAAAACCUUACGGGAAUAUGAGUCGGCGCUCAUUAACGGAUCUUAUUAG